GCAGGCUGUUUAGAGUGCGAGGUGAGGGGCAGAGAUAGAGAUCCUAGAGGGAAAUAAAAAGGCAGCCAAGUCAUACAGAGGAUAGAUUACAGAGCUUUGUAUAAACUGUCCGUGUCACCGCAGGGCUCCACGACAGACAUGGAAUUCACAUGGCUGUACUCCCUGUGUCAGUGCACCCUGUCUGUGUCCGUAAUUGUGAUGAGCGUGAGGCUGUGCAUGGCGGUCAGCGGCGGCAGCAAAGUGGCUGACGCCCAGGAGAGAGCGCAGGCUGCACGGACCCAACCGGGGAGCGUCUCGUGCUGUCUCCGGCUGUGCCUGGGCUGGGUGGGGGCUAUAGGGGGCGCCGUCGGCGUCCCGGUGACCAUACUACUCAACCUGCGAACCCCCCAGUGUCUGUACACCUGCAUUACCCUGGUGUGUUGCCCCAUGCUGAUCAGGCAGUUCACCGUGUUCCUUUUAAUGCUGCUGACACUGGACGACCACCUGCAGCUUCACUUGGCAGACAGGUAUUCCUCCGUGAUGACCCGUCAACGAGCUCUGUGUGUGGUCCUGCUGUGCUGGGUUUGCUCUGUUCUGACCUCCUUCGCCCAGUUCAUCGGCUCGGAUGUCCUCAGCACCUGGAGAAGUGGUGAGGGCAGUUCUGGCACCGCUGGCCUCGGGAUGCACGGGAACUGGACGACCUCUUUGCCCCACCGUACCACCUCCCCGCCCCCCAAGUACAACGAUGACCGCGAGGUCAUUGGGCAGUACCUUCCAUAUGGAGGCUUCCUGUCAAAGUUUUAUGUGGAGGACAAACACAACUUCACCUACGCUGAGAUUCACAGUAGCCACUGGGCCGUGUGCGCCCCUGAUACCAUUCUCAGUGCUCAGUUUCUAGUCUAUGUCUAUAUGAUGAUGGUGUUCAUGCUCCCCUUUCUUUGCCUGCUGGCCAUUUACCUUCACCUGCUAUGCACCAAGCCUAGGAAUACUCCUUUCAGCCAUGCAGACCCCCCGAAACAUGACUCCUCCCGGAUCCGUUCAGUUGCUCUGUCCCUCUCCCUUUUAGUUCUGCUGUGCCUGCCGAUCCACAUUGUCCAUGCUCUCUUGCUCUUCACCCCCAGUACCCAUCCUCCUGCCUGGGCUCACGCUGUUGCUGGGGUCCUCUUCCAGCUGUACAGCCUCGUGCCCCUGAUCCUCUUCACUCCGCCUAAAAAACAAGCUGGGGAGGGACAGGCACCCUUUCCUCUCUCCGUUUCUCACCUUCCACCUGCAGUGCCCCGGUCCAGAGCAAAAUCUGUCAGCAUGGCGCUGUGUGAGGCAGUGCAGGCAGCCCCAUGGUCCUCAGCCAAACACUCCCUUAAAGCCAAAGUGUGCCCAGAGGUCUGAAUUCUUGACAUAAUGGAAGAUCUAGGCUGUUAUUUUUUGACAUUAACAUUUGUCAUCACCCUGAUGCAGUUAAAUCAUUUCCUGAAAACAAUGCUUUGUGUGCAUGGUGUUUGAAACGAUCAGCUUGCAAACUAAAGGGAGAAUAAAUGUGUCCCGCUCCCGUUUGUUGUUUGCUUUCUUACUAAUCAGCAAUCUCGUGCACAGACGUUACACGCCAACGAAAAGGCCAGUUAAUUACAGGGUCCCACACCAAAUGUCAGCGAGAAAAUGAAGCCUCCAGACGAUCCUGAUCACAGAUGUCUGUUCUCUCUGACUGCUCUUUCUACGGGUCUCAUUCUAAGCUUCUGUUCAUAGUCUCUACCAAAGCCAACCGCCAGUUACGUAGAUAUAUGAGUGACAGCGUUUAAUUAAACAUCCAGUAAUAGCAUAGUGGUCGACAGAGGACACAACAUUGUGGUGGAAAACAUCAUUAACCUGGUUAUGACACACAAUCUUCAUGGCUGUUUUGAUUAAACUUGUAAAUACAAUGUGAUGCUCACUUGUAAUAAAAAGGGCCUUGCUCACUCUAAUUGGAUUGUUCAUCUUGAACCGUGUUGGCGUAAGAAAUCACUAACAGAGGAAUCCAUCUCCAUCUGCGUGGAACAUGAGCGUGAUGUACGACACUUCAUCUCUUUUUUUUUUCCCCUGUUUCUCAGAAGCGCCUUCUGCCGUUGCUCAUUUUCCAGCUCUUUCUUCAGAUCAUGUGCCUAUUUUGCAUUAAUCCCCCCCCCAUCUUGUUUGUUCCCCGCCCUUCUAUUUGUCUCUUCAUGUACUCAAAAAAUAGUGUGUCAGUAUCCAGUA